ACUCUGCUGUCUCCUGAGCGGCCGCAGCCCGCGCGCCGCCCUGGCGCAGCUCCUGCCCUCCCCGGCCAUGUACAGCAUGCUGGAGAGCGACAUGAAGGCGUCGCAGCCCGCGCCGGGCGCCACCGGCGGGACCGCCGCGCCCGGCAGCAACGGCAAAGGCGGCGGCGGCGGCGGGGCCAGUGGCGGCAGCUCGGAGCAGGACCGUGUCAAGCGGCCCAUGAACGCCUUCAUGGUGUGGUCGCGCGGCCAGCGGCGCAAGAUGGCCCAGGAGAACCCCAAAAUGCACAACUCGGAGAUCAGCAAGCGCCUCGGCGCGGACUGGAAGCUGUUGAGUGACGCCGAGAAGCGGCCUUUCAUCGACGAGGCCAAGCGGCUGCGGGCCGUGCACAUGAAGGAGUAUCCGGAUUACAAAUACCGGCCCCGUCGGAAGACCAAGACCUUGCUGAAGAAGGACAAGUACUCGCUGCCCGGCAACCUGCUGGCGCCCGGCGGGGCCAGCGCGGUGAGCAGCCCCGUCGGCGUGGGCCAGAGGAUUGACACUUACGCCCACAUGAACGGCUGGACCAACGGCGCUUACUCGCUGAUGCAGGAGCCGCUGGGCUACGGGCAGCACGCGGCCGUGGGCAGCCCGCAGCUGCAGCAGAUGCACCGCUACGACAUGGGCGGCCUGCAGUACAGCCCCAUGAUGUCCUCGGCGCAGAGCUACAUGAGCGCCGCCUCCACCUACAGCAUGUCCCCGGCCUACGGGCAGCAGCCCGCGGCGCCCGUGGGCCUGGGGUCCGUCGUGAAGUCGGAGCCCAGCUCGCCGCCGCCCGCCCUCACGUCGCACUCGCAGAGGGCCUGCCUGGGCGACCUGCGGGACAUGAUCAGCAUGUACCUGCCCCCGGGGGGCGACGCCACAGACCCUGGCGCCCUGCAGGGCAGCCGCUUGCACAGCGUGCACCAGCACUACCAGAGCGCGGGCGCCGCCGUCAACGGCACCGUGCCGCUAACGCACAUCUAG